UCUAGUUCAUAUUCAUUUCCUCGCGGCUCGACGAUCACAAAUCGGGAACAGCGUCAGAUUCGCCUCGCCAUGGCGGCUUCUCUUCCUCCUCCUUCACCGCCGCUGCCUCUCUUCUUGUUCUUCGCAUUCGCCGCCGCAUCUUCAUUUGCUGUCGUGGUCCAUUCCCACCGCGACGCACCUUCCCUCGCCGCCGGCAGCCUCAUCGCCUCCACCUGCAACCGCACGCUCUACUACGACGUCUGUGUCGCCUCCCUCUCCUCCCGCCCCAGAAGCCGCCGCGCUGACCUUCAGGGACUCGCCGCCAUCGCCCUCGAAGUCAGCCUCGCACACGCCAAGGUCACCGUCGCCCUCGCCAAGAACCUCUCCAGGCGCCACGACGCCAGCGGCGGGGAAGGCCACACCUACGCCGCCUGGUGCCUGAGAGACUGCGUCGAGGAGUACAAGGAGGCCGUGGACGUGCUCCGGCAGUCCUCCGCCGCACUUCGCCGCGGAGCCUACUACGACGUAAACGACCUCGUCUCCAGCGCCAUGACCUACUCCGACACUUGCGAGAGCGCCUACGCCGACAAGCCCGGGCUGCAGUCGCCCUUCGCGGAGAGGAGCGAGUACUUCUUCAAGCUCUGUAGCGUCGCCAUUGCCAUCGCCAAUCUCCUCCCAUGAGCUCUCUAAAUUCAUCGCUUAGAUCAUUAAUUGUUUGCGUUUAAUUUGGUUCUCAUAAAUUACAUGGCAUGAAUAGAAGUUCGAUAUAUUACAUGAA